AUAAAGCAAUGGAUUAGACUGAAGACCAGAAAUGGACCGAAAGGAAGAUGAGGAAAAUCCUCCUGGGAGAUCCCAUCGGAAACAUAACAGGAAGCACAAAACCAGUUCUCCUAAACUGGAGCGGAAGAAGAUUGCUAUCACACAAAAUAUAAGGGCGGAUGAAAUACAGCCAAAGGAUGGCCCGACAGAGAAUGACUUCCAUGAAAUUACUCAUUCAGCAUGUGGAAGCGAUGAGGGAUAGUCAAACUGUCUUAAUGGGCGGGUACUCUGAUUCAUCAGAUUCUGACCAUGAAAUGGACCAGCCGUCACUUCUGGAACAGCUUAAGACCAUCCUGGAUAAUUAUCAAGACGCCCAAAUCAUCCGGGAACUGAUUCAAAAUGCCGAUGACGCAGAAGCCACAGAGAUGAAGAUUACAUAUGUCAAAGAUGGUGAGAUGAAUAACCCGGGACAGCACAAGCUGAAUGGAUGUUAUUCAGAGUAUUUCAGGUCUCCAGCCCUGUGUGUAUAUAACGACGCAGUGUUCAACAAACAGGACUGGAGGUACAUUACAAGUAUCUACCGCAGCGGAAAACGUGAAGACGCUCUCAAAGUAGGCAGAUUCGGACUCGGGUUCAAGUCAGUGUUUCACAUGACAGGUUUGUAAUUUUUCCUGAGAUUAAUAGUGCCCUCUGAGAUUCUUGCUAGACCAACUUUUUAUACCAUCGUUAAAAUCCCUGGAAAUGU